AUGUCGGAGCUCAAGCCAACCCCGAGCCUGGAAGAGAAGUACUCGGGGAUUCCACGACGACUGCUUUCCAAGGCCGACAGCGCAAAAGCUCGCGCCUUUUCCAACCUUACCAUAACGCCAUCUUCCCGUACGGAGCAGACUCUCCCAGUCAUUCCGAAUGGAUAUUCGCGUGGGCGCUUUGAAGAUGCCAUCCGCGCCAUCAGCACAGUCCUCGGUGCGGAGAAUGUCGAAUUAAACAUGAAGCCCCUUGAAGAUGGGUGGUACAUGGAGCAUCCUAACACGCACGACGCUUUCCCCUUGACUGACCAAGAGGACUUGGUAUCAAGUGCGGCCGUCUACCCCGGAUCUGUCGAGGACGUCCAGAGCGUGGUUCGGUGGGCGAACAAGUUCGUCAUCCCUAUCUAUCCUAUUUCAAUGGGUAGAAAUCUGGGAUACGGCGGUGCUGCACCUCGAGUCCGUGGAGCCGUUAUUGUCGACCUCGGUCGCCGCAUGGAGUCGAUUCUUGACAUCAACCCAGAUACUUGUAGCUGUCUCCUAGAACCGGGAGUGUCAUUCUAUGCAUUAUACGAGGAAAUCCAGCGCCGUGGAUAUGGCCAUCUAUGGAUCGACGUUCCAGACCUUGGCGGAGGCUCAGUCCUCGGGAAUACCGUUGAUCGAGGUCAAGGCUACACGCCGAUGGGAGACCAUUUUUCUGCGCAUUGCGGGAUGGAGGUUGUCACCCCUACCGGCGAGGUCAUCCGCACGGGCAUGGGAGCGUUGCCCAACAACAACACCUGGCAAAUCUUUCCGUACGGGUUCGGACCCUAUCCAGACGGUAUCUUCUCCCAGUCCAACUUUGGGAUCGUCACCAAGAUUGGAAUGCACCUGAUGCCCAAUCCCGGCGGGUCCGAGGGCUUUAUGUGCACUUUCAAGGAGGAGGAUGACCUUUUCAAAGCCAUCAACGUCAUUCGGCCACUGAGACAGCGGAACAUACUCGAAAACGUAGCCCAGUUGAAGCACGUCGUUCAAGAAGUGGCUUUGCUGGGCAAGCAACGCAGCACCUUUUGGAAAGGUCCCGGGCCGAUGCCCAUCGAGGAAGUGCGCAAGAUAGCAGCGACAUUGCCCUGUGGCGAUUGCACUUGGAUAUACUAUGGUACAAUCUACGGACCACCAGAAGUGACAAGGGAAAAGGGAAGAAUCAUCAAAAAGGAUUUUCUUUCAAUUCCCGGCGCACGCUGGAUCGAUCGCGCGUCUUUGCCCAAAGAUCACUACUUCUUCAGCCGAGAGAAUAUCUCCAGUGGCAAGCCAGACCUAGUAGAGCUUUCUUGGCUGAACUGGAUGCCUAAUGGAGGCCAUGUCUUCUUUAGCCCUGUUUGCCCUCCCAAUGGCGAAGAUGCCAUGAAGAUCUACGAGAUAGCGAAGCGACGACAUAAGGAAUUCAAUCUCGAUUGCUUCCCCACCUGCUGCAUUGGUAUGCGGGAGAUCCUCCUUAUUGUUAAUAUGGUAUUCGAUCGUGGGGACCCUGUGGAGCGAGAAAACGCUUACAGAUGCAUGCGCGCCAUGGUCGACGAUGCGGCCGCAGAGGGCUACGGGGAGUAUCGCACUCAUCUCCUCCUUGCAGAUCAGGUUGCCGGUACGUACAACUGGAACAAUAAUGCUCUGAUGCGCUUCCACGAGCAGAUCAAGGAUGCCUUGGACCCCAAUGGUAUCCUCGCUCCAGGGAGAAGUGGUAUUUGGCCAAAGCGCUACAGAGAGAAGGAAUUGGAAGUCAUCGAUGCUUCUCGAGUUUCUCAAGCGACUGUGGUCCAGUCUUCGUCGAAGGGUCGCGCGAAGCUGGGGCGGCUGUAG